GGAAAGGGGCCCUUCCCUGUGCCCUCCGGGCUGGUUGCCUUGGUGGCCGCGGGGCCCUUCUCCCUCGGGGAAUCCCUUCGGGGACCCGGCAGAAGCUUCAGCUUUAGCGGGCAGGGCUGGGAGCAAAGCCGGGGCCUCCUGCUGCAGGGGCCCUUGUCCAGGUCACAGAUCCAGAGGAGUCAGCCGCGUUAGUCUGUAGUUGCAAAAUAGGAAGGGGUCCAGUGGCACCUUUUAAGACGAACCAACUUACUUGUAGCGUAAGCUUUCCAGAACCACGACUCUCUUCAUUAGAUGCAUCUGACAAAGAGCUGUGGUUUUCGAAAGCUGACGAUGCAUCUGACAUAUUUUGUUUCAUCUUGCACUAGAUUUUAUAUUUUGACUAUCUAACAGUGGUUGAGAGUGUCUCACACCCAUGCUGGAUUACUUUUUAGCCUGGAUUUUUUUUAACUGCCCUCUCUUUGUAAUAUCUCCCCCUCACUCUUCUGUUUUUUAUAUAAAACCAGAUGCGCUCUUCUGCAUCUGAUGACGCAAACUUUGUGUUACAAAUGCGGGAUUUUUUAAAAAAAUCUUUAAGGUGCCAGUUGGUUUCUUUUUUGUUUUAUCUACAGACUAGCAUGUUUCUCUUCUCCCCCAGGCUGCCCUGGUUUCAUCUAGCCACUGUAGCUUUUCUUUUAAGAGCAGUAUAAUCUGCAACAUCUAGUAGGUGAUCCUGUUUAACUGUUUACCACAAAAAGCUUCACUUGCUGAUUUCUGCAUAUCAAACCCAUGUCAAAGGGGCAGGAGUGGGAUUAUUAUUUAUUUAUUUUGGCCAGUUGACACAUUGAUUUUACUCCUGUCUUUUAUAAUGCCAUUUCUCAGGAAUGGGUAGAUAUCAGGCUACUGAGAGGAAAGCAGUAAGAGAUGUAUCCUUACUGCAGCACCAAAUACAGAACAAUCCGGAUUGGAUGUAGCCCGAUGUAGCUACUAUGCAUGUUUACACAGAAGCAAGUCCCAUUGAUUUAAAUGGGCUUGCCCUUUACUUACCGUGCAUCAGUUUGCAACUUUCAGUCACUCUUUCACUGGAAAACAUUUCUAAUCCCUAUAUUCUAUUUAUUUCAUGUUUGGGCAUUUCUGUUUUAAGAAAAUUUAGCAACAGAAUUUUGCCUCUGGUCAUGUUUGGGACCCACACGUUGAUCCUAAUUCCUGAAAUGGAGACUCUGUUGAUCCCAAUGUGCCAUAUUUUUACCCAACAUUAAACAAAAUGCUACUGCCAACCAAAUCGCAACGCUCCAUUGGUGGGUAUUUCCAAAUAAAACAACAGUAGAAACCACUAGGGGGCAACAUACACCCAUUUGAACCAGUUUGGUAAUCUGACAAACCAUACCGUCCUGAACUGAGUUACACCCUUCUAAGUCCAUUGAGGUCGGUGGUUUUAAAUGGGUGUAGCUCUCCUUAGGGCUGUGCUGUUAAAUCGAUUGUUGGAUUUCUAGAGAAGAAGGCUAAUUCCUGGUGCUAGAAGAUGGACCUGUGUCUUGCAGUCCUAAGUCAGCAGCUCUCAAACUGGUGAUAUGGUCACAGAAAAUACAUGCCAAGAUGAACUGUCGCUCAGAGGUGCUGGAGGUGUCCGUGGAGGGUCGCCAAAUCGAAGAAGCUAUGUUGGCUGUACUGCAUACCAUACUGCUCCAUCGCAGCACAGGGAAGUUCCACUAUAAGAAGGAGGGGACCUACUCUAUCGGGACAGUGGGCACACAAGAUGUGGAUUGUGACUUCAUUGACUUCACCUAUGUCAGGGUUUCUUCUGAAGAACUUGACCGGGCAUUGAGAAAAGCUGUUGGGGAAUUCAAGGAUGCUCUGCGAAAUUCCGGCAAUGAUGGCAUAGGCCAGAUCUCCCUGGAAUUCUAUCAGAAGAAGAAGUCGCGGUGGCCUUUCUCAGAUGAGUGCAUCCCUUGGGAAGUGUGGACUGUCAAAGUGAAUGUGGUCAGCUUGGCUAAUGAGCAGGAGCGGCAGAUCUGUCGUGAGAAGGUUGGUGAGAAACUCUGCGAGAAAAUCAUCAAUAUUGUGGAGGUAAUGAACCGGCAUGAGUACCUGCCCAAGAUGCCCACCCAGUCUGAGGUUGACAACGUCUUUGAUACGGGGUUGCGAGAUGUCCAGCCCUACCUGUACAAAAUUUCUUACCAGAUUACUGACUCACUUGGGACCUCUGUCACCACCACCAUGCGUCGCCUCAUUAAGGACACUCUGGCACUCUAACACCCUUGAAAAUGUGGACCUGACAUCACAGGGAGGCAACAUAAGCAAGUGGCUCUCUGCCCUCACAAAGCUUCAGAGUACCAAAUCCAUACCCCCUCCCCAAAAACCCAAGUCUUGGCACCCAGGUCCUCUGCUCUGAUUCAUAAACCUCCAAACCCAGCCUUGCUCCAGCUGGCUCUCCGUCACAGUGCACCACUUCUCUGGAUCCUCAUAAUAAAGAAAGGAAUCCUGGAGACUUCCUUCAGUUCCCUUUUUUUAAAAGACUUGGCUCCAUUAGAUGAACUACUGUUACGUCUCUUUGUUGGAGAAAACUCUGUGUGUGUUUAGUGAUGAUGACCAUAAUUUAGCCCAUAUGGUAUCUCCAAACUUGGUGCUCACCAUGAGCCCUAGAAAUUGUUUUCAGAACAGAUGCCUUGAUUUCUUAACUGCGCGAUCCUUUGCAAGUCUGCCUGGCUGGGAUUACUUUCCUCGGCAAAAUGGGUGCCUUUUUUCUGCUGGCCCAACCCUGAUGCUUACCCCACUUGUGGCUUUAUAGGAACAGAACCUUCGUACAAGUUCCCGGCUUUUCUGUGCAUGGUUUUCAAGGAAGACAAGGUCUCGGGGCCUGUGUUUUUCUUGUGAGUCUUGGAUUUGAAAGGGGCUAAAUCUAAUAGACCAGUUCAAAGAGUCUAGAAACAAUAGAGAUUCUCCAGGUUUUGUAUAUUUUUUCCAAUUUAAUGUUAUGUAUACAAUAAACAAUAGUCUGGAAAUUU